GAAUGGCAGCAAGGUCAGUAGUUUCGUUUUCAUCACAGAUUUUCAUAUAUCUCCCUUAGGAAUUGCUGAAGAAGAAGUGGGCGAAUCGAAUGAAGUUAAACUGCCAAAGUAUAUUAGAAUGUCAUGGACAUUAUUAUCAUCUUUGUAAUUAACGAGAUGAUUUGUACGAGACUCAAGACGCGCUUUGUCAGGAGGUUAUUUCUAGUUGCCCCAGCGUACCCUUCUCCACGUUAAAGCCGGCUUCGCGCCCCUCUUGUCCCCCCCGGUGAGCGUGGCAGUUCGGAGCAGAGCAGCAGCUGACGGACGUAACAAUACGUUGUUCCUGGUGCACGGUAGCACUAUGUGCCGCACGACUACUAGAAGGAGAGACUACCAGAAGAGAACCGCCAAAGCGGCAUCUCCGAUAUAGAGCGUCGAUCAGCCGUUACACGGGACGCGCGAUGUGAGCCCCCUUCGAUAUAGGAUACACCAGGAAAGCGCGAAUCCACCGGAGGCGGGAAUCCUGCUGGUAAUUGGCCGUCUUCAACGGGGGGUCCGGUCAGACCCCUUAACAGUACCGUUUGCGGCGGCGGUGCGGGGGGCACCAACAUGACACCCGACGAUCCCGCGCCCGACGAAGAAUUCGCCCUCGCCGUCGCGCAAAAAGCACAGAGAGACGCAGAGGCAAUCCGCACCGCUCUGUAUCUCGGAGUGGCACUCGCGAUCACCUGGAUAAUAGGAGCGGCGGGACUGUCAUUGGCGUGGCUGGUUCUGGUCCUGGCACUGGCUGCGACGAUCGUUAAGGCAAGAGUAUCCCGGCUUCUUCAGACGGAAUUACAACACGAAUUGGCGAGGUUACGUAGAAGACGGGCUUUGUACAAAGAUGAGACCGCUGAAUGGCUCAGUCUGCUUCUCAAUAAGUGGUGGAGAUUCAGCGCUGCCAGUAUUUUUUCCUUGGCGAAGGAACGACUAGAGCCUCUCCUUAAUGAAGCUAAACCAGGUAUAUUAGGUCCGUUAGAAUUACGCGAACUCACUCUUGGCGAACAAACACCAUGCAUCACUCGCGUGAGAACACUCGAUUGCUGCAGUGACGAUGACCUUCCCAAUGGACAUCAUUCUGGUCAGGCUAAACUAUCCAUCGAGGCGGAUGUGCGACUAGAUUGCGAACAAUUCCGCAUGCUCAUCACUACACGGUUGUUUGGUAAAGGCGUGGGAAUGGACAUCGAUCUGGCAGUGGAGAAGCUAUCACUAUCGGGCACGAUUGUAAUCGAUCUAACGUUAAACGCGUCAGCGCCGUUUCCUCAUGCGACCGGACUUAGCGUGAGUUUCAUGGAAAAACCGGAUGUCUGGUUCAGCGUAAGAAUUCUACGAGCAGUGCAAAUGAUGGAGAUGCCAUUGAUCAAGACCUGGAUUCACGCGGUGGUCACUGAUGCCCUGGCCAGCUGGCUGGUCGACCCGGGUCAUCUAGAGGUAAACCUGAGGGCGCGCGAACGACCGGGUCCUGGACUGGAUUCCGUGACCAGUUCUAUGCCGCAAGGAGUGCUCACAGUUGUGCUGAGUCAAAAUGGGUGUCCUGCAAAUGUCGCCGAUGAGGUGAGAUGGCUCGUGGUAACAGUAGGCGAUCAAAGACGAAUCACCUCGAAUUUGAGCUCCAUGUGGACUGAAGAUGUAUCAUUCUUGGUCGGGUCGUUAGACAAUGAGAGGAUCACUAUCAAACUGAAAACAAAACGGCUUGUCAGUACCAUCACUUUGGCGCAAUUUGAAUUGGCAUUAGGAGUCUACGAUUGGGAAAACUCGCAAAUCGUUGAAACCGUGUUACAACAGAAGAAACCGUCCCGUAAUAGCGUUAACAUUCCGAGCAUCAAUGCGCGAUUAGAAUACACUACUCUUCCACAUUUGGAUCCCGAGUUACCACAGCCAGAACUAAUAGCCGAUAAUAUGCAUCUUGCAGUGCCGCGAGACUUUUGCCACAAAGCGCACAAAGCAGGAGUAUUGGUGAUUUGUAUUCAUUCCGCUGACAAUCUCAAUGGUGAUGUUACACAGUGUAAUCCUUACUGCAUGUUAUUUAACAAUCGGAAAAAGGUCAAAACGACGCAUUAUAUUCGUUCAACUACAUCUCCAGUUUGGGACUGCAGAGCGCAAUUUUUAGUUCAGGAUUAUACUCAAGUAUCACUGAGCUUUGUUAUUUAUUCAUGGAACAUAGCGAAAUCGGUGGAUACAGACAUGCUUGGAUUAGCAAUGCUAUCUCUAUCUCAGGAUACGACAUGGAUCGUUAGAAAAGAACUCACGCUCAGCGGGUCCAACAUAGCCUCCUCUAUGACAGUCUCCGUUCUUUUUUACCCUGUCAAAAGCAUACAACAAGUGGUUAGUAGUCGUAGAAGCAGCAUAGUUCCGACUACGCUGGACGACGAACCAAAAAUCAAACGAAACAGUCUGCCAUGGAUGCAACAAGCUAAGUUGUUACUAUCGCACAAGGAUGUUGAUCCUGCUUCCUCCGACAUAUCGAGUUUACUAUCCACCGGAAGUGGUUUGAUGGAAGUGACGCUAUUGCGUGCGAAAGAUCUCGUUGCGAAGGAUCUGAACGGUUUCAGCGAUCCUUUCUGCGAACUGAAAUUAAAUAACGAGACAAAGUACAAGAGCAGCAUAAAAAAGAAGACACUGAAUCCUUGCUGGGAUGAAAGUUCCAUUAUGGGGUUGCCGAAGACCGGGGAAGCUUUAGAUAUCGUGUUAUGGGAUCAUGAUACUUUCGGUAUGAAAGACUAUCUUGGGAAAGUAUCAUUGACUCUCGAGGAUAUCAGAAAGCUGUCAAACAGCGAUCAGUCUCAUUGGUUCCCGCUCAGGGGAACCAAAACGGGAUCUAUAGAGCUGAAAAUUAAGGUCUUAUCAGAAGAAUGCGAGACGCAAAGUACGUAUGCAACCAGCAAUGUCAGCGACAAUUCUUCUCGUUUAAAUGUUGAGCCUGACUCCUUAUCGAGUAUUGUGCGAAGACCUUCCAUGGAGAAGUCUAAAAUACGACUGCAUUUAGAUCCAGUCGUACCGCCACCGCCUCCACCACGGACUGUCACUCUCUUAAAGCCGACUAAUCAAUCUGAAAAGGCUAGUAUCACCAGUAAGGAGUCCAACGAAACAAACGGGACAUCGAGUUUCUGGAUUCCAAAAGUUAUCGAAGAAUCUGCGGCUGUUUCCGUCGACGAAGCCGAUACCACCAAAGUGAUCGCAGAAAGACGUUCAUCUCAACAUAGUUUGACUCCCAGUCCCGAACAAAGUUUUGGCAAAAAGUUACCACAGUACAACAGUUUUCGGAUGAUGAAACAGAAGGUGAAGAGAGGUUUAAAACUUCGUAGAUUCCGUUCAGAAGUAACUAUAGAGGAUAAGAAUGAUACCAAGGGCAUCACGUUGAGUUUGGAACCCCGAGGUGGUGGAGAAGCCGAUGCUACAGAACUUCUCUCAGAAUCCGGUCUGGCGCAUGCAGUAUCGCAACCAGAUAUGUUGGGCAGAAUAAGACAGCCCAGUCCACGCUUGAGAUUAAGGCCGAGUGACUUAAAAAUUGUUAACGGCACUAGAGAGAAAUAUUCCGGGAUAGAAGGAAAAGUUCUUCAGGCGCAGGGUCUUCAUGUAGCGCACAUUGCCCAAUUAUACUGUCGAGUGAAGCUUCAAACAUGCACCAGUCCGGAUAAGAUUGUGUCACCUAAUGGCGGUAAAACCAUCGCGAAAUCACGGCUGCUACCGGCUAUGCCUAAUCCUCAAUUCAGCAUAGAUUUCCACAUAGACGGUGACGGCGUACCAAGGCAAGCUUUGCUGAUAUUUGAGAUCAGGAGUGCUAGCAAAGAAUUGCUGGCUAGUCGGCGUAUAACUUUACAUGAAUUGCUAGGCGUAUCCGCAGCUAGCGACGAGAUUCAUACGUGGUUGGCGCUGAAUAAUGGUGCCUCAUUGGAAGUACAAAUUGCUCACGGAAGAGAGCUUAAGAAUAAGUCGGCAAAAAAAUUAUUUCGUUCUUGGUCGGUACAUCGGAUAGGGAAAAUAUGAGAUUUAAAGAAAAUCAAAUACUGCUGUUGUACAUCUAUUUAAUAUAUUAAUAAAAGUGUAAGAAAUUUUUUUCGUUUUUUGAGAAAGAAUCAAAUUUCAGGAGAAAGGAAUUCCAUCAACAUUUUUUUUGCAAAUGGAAAUAGACAA